ACAGAUGCCCACACAAGCUUAAGAAUCCUCCUCUUUUAUUGCACGAACAUCCAAAUGUCUGCCGCCAGACCUGUUCUCAACGUCUACGCCGAAAACGGUAAGGACAUUGCUGCCACCGUCCCCCUCCCCGCCGUCUUCAAGGCCCCCAUUCGUCCUGACAUUGUCAACUUUGUCCACACCAACAUGGCCAAGAACAAGCGUCAACCUUAUGCUGUCUCUGACAAGGCUGGUGAACAAACCUCUGCUGAAUCUUGGGGUACUGGUCGUGCCGUUGCUCGUAUUCCUCGUGUCAACGGUUCCGGUACUCAUCGUGCUGGUCAAGCUGCUUUUGGUAACAUGUGUCGUGGUGGUCGUAUGUUCGCCCCUACCAAGACCUGGAGAAAGUGGCAUGUUAAGACCAACUUGAACCAAAAGCGUUUCGCUACCGCUUCCGCUUUGGCUGCUUCUGCUCUCCCCUCUUUGGUUAUGGCCCGUGGUCACCGUAUCGAAAAGGUUGAAGAAGUCCCUCUUGUUGUUUCCGAUGCUAUUGAAAAGAUCACCAAGACCAAGGAUGCCGUUGCCUUGUUGAAGGCCAUCAAUGCUUAUGCUGAUGUUGCUAAGGUUGCCAACUCUCGUAAGCUUCGUGCCGGUCAAGGUAAGCUCCGUAACCGUCGCCAUAAGCAACGUCGUGGUCCCCUCGUUGUCUAUAACGAAGACAACGGUCUCGUCCAAGCUUUCCGUAACUUGCCUGGUCUUGAACUCGUUAACGUUCGUCGCCUUAACCUCUUGCAAUUGGCUCCUGGUGGUCACCUCGGUCGUUUCAUCAUCUGGUCUCAAUCUGCCAUUUCCAUGCUUGAUGAACUCUACGGUACUUACGAAAGCCCUGCUUCUUUGAAGAAGGGUUACAUGUUGCCCGAUAACAUCAUGACCAACCCUGAUGUUGCUCGUCUCAUCAACUCUGAUGAAAUCCAAUCCGUUGUUCGUCCUGCCGGUAACAAGGUUCACAAGCGUCCUUACACCCAAAAGAAGAACCCCCUCAAGAACCAAGGUGUCAUGAACCGUCUUAACCCUUAUGCUCAAGUUCUUCGUCGUGCUGAAAUCCUCAAGGCCGAAAAGGUUGCUGCUGGUAAGGUCAACAAGACCGAAAAGAAGCGUGGUGCUUCUACCGCUGCUUCCAAGAAGUUCUUGGAAACUCUUCACUCUGCUUAAUUGUAGUUAGCGACUGUAACAAGUAGUAUUAGAACUUCUUAUUGGAUUAAAAGAAAGCUUGAUCAGUUUUUUUGUUCACUAUUAUAUCGACUAUCUGUUCAGAAUGGGAUCUGUUCUCAGGUUAAAAGGAGAUUAUGCACGCAGUUUUUUUUUGGGCAGUGCUUGUUUAUUGUGAAAAAAGGAAGCGGUUUGAGUAAAAAAAAAACGUUAUUCACGAAUUUUGAAUGUACAACAGGAUCUAUCAAACUACUGUGCUAGCCAGUCAGUAAUUUUUUCUAAAGCCAGUAAUAAUAAGAAGAAAUCUUUUGCAAUUAUGCUUCAUGAUGCAGCAAAAAAUACUAAUGCUCAACAUGUUCUGUGUUCAAUGACGGCUUGUCUCAUUUUCAGUUUCCCUGCCACAU